AUGGAACUCGAGAUACCAGCCAUCCAUCCGGCCGUCGCCGUCAAGGCCCCACGAGAACCGCUCAUCCUCAUCGACGCCCCUACGUACCCGCCCGAUGUUGGCGAGGUCAUUGUCAAGGUGGAAUGGACCUCCUCGACCCCGUAUCACCUGCACCAAGCCGACGGAGGAUUGCUGAUCGACAUGUUCCCCCGCAUCCUUGGCGACACAUUCGCGGGGACGGUUCUGUUGGUCGGGCCAGGCCCCCAUCAUGUCGAUCUCGAAGUCGGGGACAAAGUUCUGGGGUACUCAUUCCGCGACGUCAAGGAUGGCAAAGAAAAGGCUGCGCAAACGCUUAUUACAGUGCCGACGUUUUUGCUCGGAAAACUGCCGAAGGGAUUGAGCAUGCAGGAAGCUGUGACCGUUCCCGACAACAUCGUUACCGUUUUCCAGGCUGCAGUCGCAGACCUCGGGCUGCCGCUCCCGUGGCCUAUCCCGGAUGGGUGGAUACCUCCGGAAGCGGAUGCGCCGAUUCUUUUGUGGGGCGGAGCCGGCAGCGUCGGCAUGUACUCGAUUGAGGUUUUCCGCCACUGGGGCUACAAGAACCUCGUCGUCGUCGCCAGCGGAAAGCAUCAUGAGUAUUUAAAGUCGCUUGGCGCAACUUUUUGCUUUGACUACCGCGAGAAGCACGUAGUCGACAAGAUCAAGGAGCAUUUUGGACCGAAGGGCGUACCAUAUGUUAUCGACUGCAUCGGCCAUUUGACAGGUUCGCUGAAACCAAUCACGCAGAUUGCCGAGAAAGGAACCAAGGUUGCUGUUAUGCUUCCGGUCGUUAUCACCGAUCCUACAGAAAUCCAAGCACCGGUUUAUCAGAUGACUGAGCCAGCCGAGGGGCAGUGGAAGGACGGAGUAAUCGUGAGAGGCGUUCGCACGCAUUUCUAUUUGAAGAACAAGCUUUUCAAGGACAAAAUGCAAUGCGAAAUCAUCCCCACCUUACUAGAGCAAAGGGUGGUACGGCCCAACCCGCAACGGAUAGUCGAGGGUGAGACCUUGUUGGAGCGCGCGCAAGAUGCCAUUGUCUUGUUGAGAAAUAAGGCAGUGAGUGGUGAAAGAUUGGUAUGGAGGGUUUCAGAAGACGACGCUGUUGUGUGA